AUGCCUAACACGGCUCCUGGCCAACCUCGGCCGGAAGAGGCUCGAUGUUACAACUGCGGUGGUUCUGGUCACUGGACUAUAGCAUGCCCGGAACCCACUAGGGAAACUCCAGCCGGUCUUGCAGCUUGGAGAAACGCCAAUACUUCUACGCAUGGAGGCAACAGAGAUCAUCAUGGAGGACCCAAGAAGUCCAAAGGACCCAUCAUCACCAAAUACGCACCUGCACCUGCGCAUGCACCACCACCAGUGCCAGGACCGGGUGUAGCUCGAUAUGGCCCACCUUCAGGUUAUGGCCCUCCGCCUGUACCUUAUCAAGCAGGACCACCUCCUUCCUAUCCUCCUCAUUACCCUCCUUAUGGCACUCCGACGUCUGGUUAUGCCCCUGGCUACUCGCCUCCGGGCUACUCUCAACCGUAUCCUCCACCUUCAUACGGUGCUCCUCCUCCGGGUCUUCCACCACAUCCUAGACCUCCCGGUACAUAUGCUUCCCCUCCUCCGCCUCCUCCUCAACCCCCGGUGCCACAAUCAUCAUAUUCACGUCCGUAUGGACCUCCUCCGCCUCGUCAAGACCACGUACCUUACGCUCCGUCACCUCACUAUCCACACUAUCCUCCACCUGCCUCGACGUCUUAUGGGUAUCAUGCUCCGCCACCAUCAUAUCCGCCCCCUUAUGCUUCACACAGCGCACCACCUACAUACGGGCAUCCUCCACCCCCUAGGCCUCCUGUCCCGUCUCCAGCACCCCCUAUACCACGUCCAAAUAGACCAUCAGGAUCACCUCCCGUACCACGUUCAACUUCUGCCUCAACAUUACCUUUGCCUGCUUCGCUACCCCCAAAACCUCCUCUACCCCCGAAGCCCCCACAGCCCAACCAGCAUGGGCAGCCUAAUAGAGGUCGUCGGGAUUUUCCUGAUCACCCCCGUGAUAAUCGGAAUAAGCGCAAGAAUGACCGUCAUAAUCGUAACCAUGACAGCCGACAGAAAAAGAAUCAACCUCAUCCUCGGCAAGAUCAGAAGCCACAAGACAACAGCAACCGACGUUCUGAUCCCAAGAUACAUAGCCUUCCUAAGCCAAUAUUAUCUCCAAAACCAGAAGAGAAGAAGGCUUCGACAACUCCUGUCAAAUUAAAGCCAAGUACACCAGGAACACCUGAAACUCAAAAGGUUCAAGUUGAAACUCCGAAACCUGAUUCGUCACAGAGACCAGACACAGUGCCCGAGAAGGCUACCGAAGAUGAAUGGGAAUGGGAGAACAAGGCCAUCUUCAAAGAGCCAGAACCCCAUCAUGCGCCGGAUGAAGUUGGCAAGCCACUGCCAGCUGAAUAUAAUGACGAGGUGCUUCUUCCUAGAAAAUGGGAUGCCAAAUCCAUUGAAUCGGACUAUGUCCAAGCUGACAAUAUCGAGGAAUAUGUCAAGCCAAUACAUGAAAAACCGUAUUGGCCAGAAAUCGAACGCGACCCCGCGUUUGUCCGCGACGGCAAACUUCCUAGCGGAGACGCUGUAUCUGAGUUCCUAUCGAAACCUGACGAAACUCUUCGGAGUGAACGCUCCGAGAGUGGCGAGGUCCUUGAACAACAGUCCAAACGAGGCCACUCAGAUGACGACAAACCUGUUGAGCGGCCUUUGAAAAGACAACGAUCACAAAGCCCUCACAGCGCCAAUCGAAGAGAAUCAUACGACAGCAACGUGGAUUCCCGAGACACGUACGAGCCGAGGGAACGUAAGAGGCGUAGAUCACGUCGAGAUAGCUCCGAACACGAAGCAAAAGGAUUCCGAAACGUGGAUGAUCGUCGUCGAUCUCUAGAGCGGCACCAUCGAGGCCGGGACAGAGACCGCAGUCGUGGCCGCAACCGCGACCGCAGCCGUAGUCGGACUCCGGACUCACGAAGCUCUUCCAUCUCUGUCACAUCAUCAGGAUUGGACUCCUUGGAAGCUGAGUUGCUUGGCCGAGAUACUAAGGCCAAAACUCCUGAUGAGUCUCCAAAGCGCAAGCCGUCCAUGUCAGGACUGAAGCCAAAGCGUCGUCAGACGAAGCUCGAUUCAGCUUACAGCCGACGAUGGUAG